AUGUCGACAGAAAGGGUUCAGGACAAGACGGGGGAGCAGAUCAACGACGAGGACUACGUGUAUACAAGAUACCGUGGAGGAACCCAUCAAGGACGAGUAGACAAGGUAGUCACGGACGAGGCCGGAGCACACGAGGAAGAUGUAGCCAAUCCUCCGAAGAGUGAUCAUGCACCUAUUCCAAAGAAGAUGUAUCCAAUAGCUUCGUUGCCCGGGAAAUUACGGGCUUGCGGUUCUGGAUGGCUGUCUGCGACUGGUUCUUGGCUACUCCCAGCUUAUGGCAUCGCGGAUCAAUGGGUGCGUGGUGAGUCGAGCCAGCAUAUGAGGCCGCGGUCAUUCGAGAGAAGGCUCGGAAGAUUGUGCACUCACCGUGCAUCUGUUAACGUGCAUAACAUGAGGUGGCCUACCUUGGUUGCAUGCUUCAUCUAUGGGGCUUUCUUCAGCCCUGCACUUCUCUGCGCCUCGCCCCUUCACAGUGGCUCAUCUGUAUCGAACCCGGGCCACGAUCUCAUCUCGGUCCUGUCGAGUGCAGCCGAGGACCCCAUGGUAGAUGGGAGAGUUUCGGACACGGUCUCGGAGAUCCAAUCAAGAAUCGCAGCAGAUGAGAGCUCGCAGGAGACCAGAGGUGACAGAGUGCAGCUGGCAUUCCAGAAGAUCGAGGCCAUCUUCACGAACCGCACCAACUCGACUCUGCUCGAUUUCGUGCACGACAUGGUUGCCUCAGGCCUGCUCCCAUCCAAGCUGCUGUCCUUUCUGAACGGGUACCUGGACAACACCAUCAACUCGGGCCUUAACAAGAACCCUGGCCUGGACGGUGAGCGGAUCUACCCAUCCCGGGCCGCCAAAGAUGCACCGUAUUCGAUGCCGGAGGAAGCUCUCCGCCAGGCCAUCCAUAUCUCGAGCUUCUCCCCGUCUGGGAGGAAGGGACGAAAACCAGUGAUCUUGGUUCCGGGAACUGCCGCACCGGCUGGAACCUCGUUUUAUUUCAACUUCGGAAAACUGGGCAGUGCUAUCCCCGAGGCUGACGUGGUCUGGGUCAACAUCCCCGGUGCUUCGUUGGGAGAUGUCCAAAUCAACGCCGAAUACAUCGCAUAUGCCAUCAACUACCUGUCCGCGCUCUACCAAACCAAGGUCACCGUCAUUGCGUGGUCCCAGGGUGGGCUCAACACCCAAUGGGCGUUCAAAUACUGGCCAUCCACCCGGGAGGUGGUGGAGGAUUUCGUCGCCGUGAGCCCGGACUUCCGAGGAACGAUGGUAAGCACAUUGGCGUGCCCCUGGUUGGCGGGGACGCUGUGUACCCCCGCCCUCUGGCAGCAGGGAUGGGACACCAAGUUCGUUCACACCCUGAGGGGUCUCGGGGGCGACUCGGCAUAUGUCCCCACGACGACUGUCUACUCUUCCUUCGACGAGGUCGUGCAACCGAUGAGUGGAGAGCAGGCCUCCGCGAUCCUCCAGGAUUCCCACGGGGUCGGGGUGUCCAAUAACCAUCUCCAGACCAUUUGCGCGCACCAGCCUGCGGGGGGCAUUUACACGCAUGAGGGGAUCCUCUAUAACCCACUGGCCUGGGCGCUGACUAUCGAUGCGCUAACUCAUGCCGGACCCGGAGAUCCAUCGCGACUCGACAUCCGCAAGGUCUGCGAACGUUCCCUUCCCCCACAACUCAGUCUGGAUGACAUGCUUGGCACCGAGGGCCUCCUGCUGGUUUCCAUGUCCGAGGUUCUCAGGUAUACCCCGAAGACGUUCGCGGAGCCCGACAUCAUCGGCUAUGCCUCUCGAGCGCUGGGGGGAGAGGGGAGGGGGAUCAGACGAGGGAGAGAUUUGAGCAUGUAG